AUGGCGGUUUUCGGUGGCGCUAAUUUGGGCUCCGUUUCGUUCUCCUCUCAUCUAUUCGACCAACAGUCUUGUUUUCUCUCUUGCCCUCUUAGACUUCUUCCUUCAUCAUCGUCUUCUUCCUCUUCGUCUUCUUCACAUAGAAAUUCUCUCCUCUGCGUCGUCAAAUCCUUUUCGGGUUCCGUCACCGCCGACACUGACACGAAUUCCGAUCAAUCCUCCGUCCUUUCCGCCUCCGAUUCUCUUCUCCGGGAUACCUCCGCCGAUGCCGGACCUGCUCGGAUUUCUAGCGAUUGGAAGACGGCGAAGGCUUAUUGUAAGAGUGGAGACACAUUCGAAGGUGAAGUCGAAGGCUUUAAUGGCGGAGGCUUGCUUGUUCGUUUUCAUUCUCUUGUUGGUUUUCUUCCUUAUCCACAGUUAAGCCCUUCACGUUCUUGUAAAGAGCCUCAGAAAAGCAUUCAUGAGAUAGCCAAGACUUUGGUCGGUUCAACACUUUCUGUUAAGGUUGUUCAAGCUGAUGAGGAGAAUAGAAAGUUGAUUUUAUCUGAGAAGUUAGCACUAUGGCCAAAAUAUUCACAAAACGUUAACGUCGGUGAUGUAUUCACCGGAAGAGUAGGUUCUGUUGAGGACUAUGGUGCCUUUAUCCACUUACGCUUCGAUGAUGGUCUUUAUCAUCUAACCGGACUAGUGCAUGUCUCUGAAGUCUCUUGGGAUUAUGUUCAAGAUGUUAGAGAUGUUCUACGUGACGGUGAUGAGGUUCGAGUCAUAGUCACAAAUGUUGACAAAGAGAAAUCAAGGAUUACACUAUCAAUCAAACAAUUGGAAGAUGAUCCUCUUCUAGAAACAUUGGACAAAGUGAUUUUGAAGGACAGCUCUACUGGAUCUCCUUCGCUGAGUUCCAACAAUGGGGAUACAAUUGAACCUCUUCCAGGUCUUGAAACAAUACUUGAAGAACUAUUACAGGAAGAAGGGAUAGAAGCAGUGAGAAUCAAUCGGCAAGGAUUUGAGAAGAGAGUGGUUUCACAAGACUUACAACUUUGGCUCUCAAAUACACCGCCUUCUGAAGGGAAGUUUGUUCUUCUUGCACGUGCGGGAAGACAGGUGCAAGAGAUACACUUGACGACGUCUCUAGAUCAACAAGGAAUCAAGAAAGCUUUACAGCGAGUACUAGAACGCGUCCCCUAA